AUGUCUACAACGGAAAAGCAACAGCUGCCCGACGAACGGGUCCCUUCACCCCCAGAAACGCUCAACAACGAAGACGGAAACAACGAUGCCCUCUCGACCUCGCCACCGAAGGAGCGCAUGCCCGUCGUCGAGCCCGGCCCGGCCGCCUCCGACUCGGAGCACAAGCUGGUCCAGUUCAGCCCCGACGACCCCGGAAACCCGAAGAACUGGUCGAAGCUGUACAAGUGGUACUGCACCAUGGUCGUGGCCGUGACCUGCUUCGUCGUCGCCUUCGCAUCCGCCGUCAUCACCGCCGACAUCUCCGGAGUCGCCGAGACCUUUGACGUCAGCAAGGAGGUCGCCCUCCUCUCCAUCACCCUCUUCGUCGUCGGCUUCGGCGUCGGUCCCAUGGCCUUUGCUCCUCUGUCCGAGAUUUACGGCCGUCAAGUCAUCUACGCAUCCACCCUGCUCAUCGCCGUCGUCUUCAUCAUCCCCUGCGCCGUGGCCAAGAACAUCUCCACCCUGCUCGUCUGCCGUGCCAUUGAUGGAAUCGCCUUCUCGGCCCCCAUGACCCUCGUCGGAGGCACCCUGGCCGAUCUGUGGAGGAAUGAGGAGCGUGGUGUCCCGAUGGCUGCCUUUUCUGCCGCGCCCUUUAUCGGUCCUGCUAUCGGACCCCUCGUCGGUGGUUUCCUUUCCGACGCGGCAGGCUGGAGAUGGCUGUACUGGAUCCAGCUGAUCCUCGCCUCCGUCGUCUGGAUCCUCAUCAGCUUCACCGUUCCCGAGACGUACGCGCCCACCAUCCUCAAGAGGCGCGCCAAGAAGCUGCGCAGCGAGACCGGAGACGCCAGCUACAAGACCGAGCAGGAGAUCGAGGGCAAGCCCGUGUCGGAGCGCCUCCGCGUCUUCCUGGUCCGCCCGUUCCAGCUCCUGUUCGGCGAGCUCAUCGUCUUCCUCAUCUCCGUCUACAUGAGCGUCCUGUACGGCCUGCUCUACAUGUUCUUCGUCGCCUUCCCCGUCGUCUACCAGGAGGGCAAGGGCUACUCGGCCGGCACGACGGGCCUGACCUUCAUCCCCGUGGCCGUCGGCGUCGUCGCCUCGGCCUUCUGCGCGCCGCUCGUCAACCGGCACUACCUCAAGAUGGUGCACCGGCACGGCGGCAAGCCCCCGGCCGAGGUGCGCCUGAUCCCCAUGAUGAUCUCGUGCUGGUGCAUCCCCAUCGGCCUCUUCAUCUUCGCCUGGACCUCGUACCCGGACCUGUCCGGGGCCGGCCCCGCCAUGGGCGGCUUCCCCGUCGGCUUCGGCUUCAUCUUCCUCUACAACUCGGCCAACAACUACCUCGUCGACUCGUACCAGCACCAGGCCGCCUCCGCCCUGGCCGCCAAGACCUUCAUCCGCUCCUUCUGGGGCGCCGCCGUCGUCCUCUUCACCGAGCAGAUGUACGCCCGCCUCGGCGACCAGUGGGCCUCCAGCCUCCUCGCCUUCAUCAGCCUCGGCUGCUGCGCCAUCCCCUUCCUCUUCUGGGUCUACGGAGCCAGGAUCCGGUCCCGCAGCAGGUUCGCCUACACCGGCGACGACGAGCCGACCGCAAAGGAGGACCUCGAGAUGGCCAAGCGAGGCGAGGGCGAGGGCGGCGUCUUCCGGGACGAGAACGACCUCGACACCGACGAGGAUCUCAGGAGGGCCAUGUCCUAC